AACUUCUCACUCAUCGUAACUGGAACACCAAUGACAUUCAAACUUUCUAUCCAAAUUCUGCAAGCAUGGCUACCCCGACUGAGAUAAGACAUGCGUACCGACAUCUAUAUCGAAAUCUUCUCAAGGCAGUGCAAUACACAAUUCCCGCUCGCUUCGUAGCUCGCGAUCAACUCCGGAGGGCCUUUCGUGAGCCAGGUGCCACAUAUGAUGGACGGGGCAUCAAGCGAACCAUUUGGUUUCUCCAGGCGGCAGCGAAAGAGAAGGGGUUGGAGCAUAAGAUCUUGAAGAACUUAUUGCGAGUUCGGCAGAUGAGAUUCCGAAAAAAGGAUUACUCGGCUUAUGAUCCGUUGAAACAUGCAGAACGUGAGAUGAAAGAAGCGAAUGCGACUGCGUAUAAUCAUUAUGAUAUGACGGUCGCUAUGCUUAAUAAAACUAUGGGCAUUUGUCUCCGUUGAAAUCACUCGAGGCUCCCUCAAGUUAAUGAGAGGAAGAGCAAUCCACUACGCCCAGGACUUGCCUCGGAAAACUGCGGUAGUUGAAGGACUUGGAAUACAGACGCACGGAGAUCAAGUUCUAAGACCAAGAAGGAAGAGACACACUGAUUCCUAUUUUGCCAUCAAAGGCCUGAAAUAUUGUCGAAGCUCCCUUAGCAGCUCUUCACCGGGAAGAUGGAAGGGACCUGUACAUCAACUGUACUAUAUACACGGGGCAAAAGUAGUCGCAUGGAUGAUGGCAGAUCUUGGACGGAAUAACCGGCAAAUUAUUUGCAUACGUUCUCACUUGGGAAUUCCCAAUUCCCCGAACGAAGGGACCUUAAAUAGUACAUGUACAAUACAUCGAACAUAAAUCG